AUGUAUCCAGCAUCAGUGUCACACAGCAAUGUGCCACAGGCUGACAUACCAAAAAGUGUCAGAGAACAACUGGGUGGCUGUGGUGAUGUGAAGAGGUUGCCGGGAGGAGAGAGGAAGAGAGCCUGCUUGGGGAAAAGACAGAGAGAGUGCCAACCGAAACAAGGAGAAGAGUCUGCCAGGAGACUGAAGGUAGCAGAAAGAGUAAAGCAAAAAGCCUACCAGGAGGAGAGUGAAGAAGGUGGUGCCAAGAGGUGUGAGGAAAAAACUGUCAGGAAAGGGAGACAGCCUGUCAGGGAAAAAAAGAAGAAAAAGGAGACAAGUCUGCAGAAGGGGAGAGGAUACCAGCCUGCCCAGAGGAGAGAGCUUCAGUGCCCUGAUCACCCUAGAGGAUCGGUCACCAUGUCCUUGCUGUUCCUGCUGCUACUUCUGCAUGGGGUGGCACCAGGCACACAGGGGCUGUCACUAUGUGGAUGGCGGAAGCAACUACUUGGUGGAAACAAACUGCGUUAUUCUGGCAGCUCUGGAGAUGAUGUAUUUACCGUGCUGAACACAGAAGAGGCUCUGAUAGUGCGUUCCUCAGUUUUGUCCUAUGAUGAGAUCAUUCUGCAGCCACAGGCUGGGCCCUAUACAUUCUGCGUUCACUGGAUUCCUGGCUUACGUAUCUUUAACUUUACAUAUGGAGUGACCAAAUCAUGGAACGUGCCAGCCAGCCUACCAACCAGGAGAGAGCUGCCCCAGGAAGCACCCCCGUCAUACACCUGCAAUCCUGACAACCUUCUCAUCAAUUGUACCAUCAAUGGACGACCCCUUGUGAACUCCUGCAACUUCAGCUUCUCCCUCCAAUCCAUUGACACAGAUACAAAGAGUGUGGAACAUGAGAUCUCACAAGUUUCUGACUAUCUGGGCAAGGAGCAUUUCAAUGGGAGUGGAAGAAUACUCCUUUGCUGGAUUGAUGAUUUGUUGUCAAAUGUGACAUUAGAUGAGGACCGACACCAUUUUGGGAAAGGUUCUCUGCAGGCGGCUGUAUAUAAGCUGCAUUCCUCUGACGUGCUGAAUUCUAUUCCUGAUCGCUUUGGAGUUUCACUUUCUUUUCCAAAACUGCUGCUGGAGACAAUUGACCCUGGCACAAGGCUGCAGGUGGUCCGGAUCCGCGGCUCUGGAGCCAUCUUCCAGGAUCCUGCAAACAGCACCGUUAUGGGCAGUCAGGUGGUUGGCAUAACCUUGCAGGGAACACAGGUCUCCAAUCUCUCUGAAGACAUUGUCAUCACCUUUUACCACCAGCUCUCACAGGUGAACUCUUCUUCAAUACAGCUGAACCCAUCUCCAGUUUGCAAGUUUUGGGACGAGUUAUCAGAAGCCUGGAAAACAGAUGGAUGUUGUACAGUGCCCGGUGAAGGAUAUACAGAUUGUAGAUGUAACCACCUCACAUAUUUUGCUCUGUUGAUGAGUAUGUCCAAUGAAGUUAUCUCCGAGGAACAUCUUGUGUCCCUGUCUGUUCUGACAUUUGUUGGAUGCAGCAUUUCUGCCCUCUCAUGUUUCUUCACGAUCAUCUGGAUCUGCUGCUCCAGGAAGAUGCAUUCGAACCCCACGUUACAGAUCCAUGUGAACCUGUUGGUGGCAGUCCUUUUACUGGACCUGAGCUUCAUAGUGAGCGCUGUGCUUGGGGCACUUGAGGAGCACAGUCUCUGUAUCAGUUCUGCAGCUGUUCUGCACUUUUCUCUGCUCUGUACUUUCUCCUGGAUGGCCAUUGAAGGCUUCAAUCUCUACCGGCUAGUAGUCAAAGUCUUUGCCGCUUCCUCAAUCACAACUGUAAAGCUUGGCCUGGGUGGUUGGGGAGUGCCCAUCUUUACUGUGAUAGCUGUGGCGCUGAUAUGUCAGGAGAGUUAUGGGGUAUAUUACAUCCCAGUAGAGCGGCCGCAUGUCCACAACUCUACAGCUGCCAUCUGUUGGCUGACAGAUCCCAUCAUCCAGACACUGAAUCUGGGCUUUUGCGCUGCCAUUCUUGCGUUUAACUUCUGUAUGAUGGUGGCCAUGACUCGUCGAGUUCUAAGACUCUCCCCACACACACGGGCAGAGAAAAUCCGCCAUUGCAUCACAUUGCUGGGCCUAAGCUGCAUGCUGGGGCUGCCAUGGUGUCUAGCCUUCUUCUCAUAUGGAGCCCUUAUUCUGCCUGUCCAGUAUCUCUUCAGCAUCCUGAAUGCACUACAAGGUUUCUUUAUCUUCCUGUGGUAUUGUGCCUUGUCGCAACCUUCGGCCAAGAACCAGUCACACACCUCAGACUGUACAAGUGCCACUCCAGCCUCCCCCCGGGCCGAUCAGAUCCCCAGCAGCGACCACAAGAAACUUCUAGGAUGAU